AUGGACACUGCGGAGGCGGCGGCGUUGCACCUGACAGGGAUCUUCGAGAAAAUGGAGGUGCCGUGCAGAGUGCUGAAUACGAGCGAGAAGGGGAAGCACGUCGUUGCGACAGCCGACAUCCCGGCGCAGCGGGAUCUUUUUGAGGAGGCACCCAUCGUCUCGUGGCCGGCGCAGGGGUACGUGGCACUCGGCGUUCCCUUCUGCACGCAUUGUCUGCGGCAGCGGGCGGCAGCGACGGACGCCACAGAAAAGCAGGAUGAUGCUGCAUGGCGCAUCUGCGACGGGUGUGGUUCCUAUUUUUGUUCGGCCAAAUGCGAGUCCGCCAGCAAGACCGCCCACCGCAUUUUGUGCGGGGCGCUGCGGCAGCUUCGCGAGGAGGAGCACGCCGAGCUGCCCGACGCGGACGCCGGCGACGGUUCCGACCGUCCCAUCACGAAGGAGUCCCUGGGACGGUGCGUCGCCUGGGUCGUUGCCCGCAUCGCGGCAUCCAUCAAGCAGCAGCGGUUUAGCGGGGCGCUGCUGGAGACGCAGCACACGGAGCAGGCAGACAGCGUUGCGCGGCAGCUGUUUCACCUCGCCUGUGCGCCGUUCAACCGCCUCAUCGAUGCCCCCAAAGGCACGGAGUUUAGCGACGUGGACGCCGCCGCCUGGUAUCGGACCGUGGAGAGUUUGCUGCGCGAGCCAUGCCGCGCCGCCCUUUUGGAGGCAGCUUCGCCACCGCAAUCGACGAGCGCGGCGUGGGCCGAAGAAAUUGUCGACGCCUUGCUGCGCCACGACACGCUGGAAACCUUUCUCGGUCAAAUGUCAUUGAAUUCGCAGGCGAUAAACGGCUUUGUCGCCCACGCCUUGCCGGGUGCCGGGGCGGCGGCUGCCACGCCAUCCGUGGAGUGGGUGCUGAAGGGCGGGGCGGUAUUUACCCUGCAGUCUGCCUUUAACCACUCGUGCGACCCCAACCUCGCCGUGGGCACGCUGGACGGCACACACGAGAUCACGCUGCGCACGCUUCGCCCAGUGCGGAGCGGGGAGGAGCUGACGAUCACGUACAUCCCACUACUGGAGAACUCCACGGCUGAGCAGCGACAAGCCAAGUUAAGAGGGUAUUUUUUUACCUGCCGCUGCCCCCGCUGCCAAGAGGGAAAGUAUUGA